AUGUCUUCACGAUAUCCCCCAUUAUCUGGGUUCAAUUCCCGGGACCGUUCCCCCCAGCGCUUCGGUGACCGUCGACCUCCUUCGGGUCCUCGUGGCUCUGAUGAUGUGAUUCCGCCGCCUUUGGGUCGCGAGCCGCCUCGCGGUCCCAAGGCUUUGAUUGAUCACCCUCCCCGAGGCCAUUAUGUUGGUCGAGGUCGAGGUUACGGCCGCGGUGGUGAUUUCCGUGACCGGGAUCGGGACCCGCGAGACCGUGAUCGUGAUCGGGAUCGCGACUUUCGGGAUCUUCGAGAUGGCCCCCCUCCCUUCCGUCGUGAUCUUGACCGGGAUUGGGGUGGCCGGCGGGAUCGCGAUUUUGACCACAGAGAUUCACGGGGUGGCUUCGGUCGUGGUCGUUCCCGCUCUCCGCCGCCGCCGCCGCGCGAUUUCCGUGACAUGAGAGAGCCCUUGGUCCGCGACCCAGACCUCGUCCGAAUGCGCCGUGGCUCCCGUGACAGCAUACUAUCCGCAUCGUCUAUAGGCCCGCCCGAUGGCCCUCCGACACUUGGACAUCAUCCUCGCAGCGGGCCCAUCCGAGGUCGAGGUAGGGGUGAUUGGGACGGUGGACGCGGCCGCGGUGGCCGCCCCCCAUUUCUGGACGACCGUGAUUCUUUCCGCCGACGGAGUCGCUCGCGUGAUGGAUGGUGGGAUCGCGACCGUGAACGAGACCGUGAGAGAGACCGAGACCGAGAUCGUGAACGAAUGUUGGAGAUUCGAGACCGCGAACGAGACCGAGAGCGGGACCGAGAGCGGGAUAGAGAUAUAAGGGAACGUGAGAGAGAUCGAGAAAUACUUGACCGUCGAGCAGAACGAUUCGAACGGCGAGAGGAGCCGGAGCGACGCCUCGAACGUGACGACCGUGAUCGUGACCGUGAAAGGGAUCGGGAUCUUCUAGACCGUCGUGACCGUGAGAGAGACCGUGAAAUACUAGAGCGUCGAGCGGAACGAUUUGAACGUCGAGAUGAGCCAGAACGACGUAUUGAACGAGACGAUCGUGACCGAGAUAGACCCGCGCCUGACCUUUGGAAACGAGACCGACCUCCCAGUCGCGCCGAUACUCGAGUUCCUCCUCCUAGCACGUCGACCCCGACCUCCGCUUCUCAUCCAUCCUUACCCCCACCACCACCCGUCGCAGCCGUCGUGCCUCCUGCUCCAGAGCGCCCUGUGGACCAUCUACCACCUGAUCUUCCCCGCAAACCGUCCGUGCCAGAACCUCGCCGUGACACCGACCGGCCGGAGCUACUGCCACCUCGCCCGGAACCAGUUAAAGAUCUCCCUGCUCCAGGGAAGCGUUCGCCUCCCCCAUCGGCCCCUCAGGUACCCGCGUUUGGCUCAGUGGCUGUCCCCAUUCCUGGUCCGCCAGAAAAGCCCCUUGCCGAUACAGCACCCGCUGGUCCACCGCUACCGGCCAGUGCAGAAGAACGAAAUGAGCUUCCGUCGUCGCGCCCACCAGUGCAGCCUCCCACCGGACCGAAGGCGGAGCGGGCAGGACCACAGCCGCCGUCGCCAUUGGAGCAGCGCAUUCGUCGUGAUGAUGGCCCCGAGCCCACGGGGCGGAUGGAUCCCGUUCCCCGCGCUCCUAAACCACUCUCUGGCGCCCCAGGUGCUGGGCCCAGGCCAGCACCCGAUUUGUCGCCUCCGACUGCUCCAGCAGCUAUGGCCAAACCUCCAGUUCACCAGGAACCGCCAUCAGUAACAAGACCCGGUCCAGCACCGACGUCACCCAUUUUUGACAGGCGGCCACCGCCCCCUGCCGCUCGAGCAGUCUCUCCCACGUCUCCACGCAUGCAGUACAGUAUCCCAACAGGUCCACGUGCCUUCCAACAACGACCACCACCCUCGCCAGCACGCGGACCACCCAAAGGCAGUAAACAAUGGGUUCGUCCGGGAUACAGUCACCCACCCUUCGGGCCGAAUUCGAUUGCACUACCCAAGCGGGGCUCCUUUGAUGGAAAAGAGCGAACUUUGUCCCUCAGUGACGAGCCGAAACGGGAGCCACCGCCACCGCCGUCCCCUACUCAAUAUGACAGCGAUCAGGAACUCGAAGCUGGUGAGAUUGCGCCAACGAAGGAGCCGAAGGAGCCGAAGGAGCCGGAACAAUCACCAGCACCCUUAGAGCGCCCCGAGCGCCUUGAUCGCCUUGAACGUCCCGAGCGCCCCAAGCCCGUCCGUGGGCCUACUCCUCCACCUCCACCUCCGCCAGCACCCAAGCCUCCCGUGGAGCAACCGGCGGUGGAGGAACCGAAGAAGCCCGACGAGCCACCUCCGGAGGACACCGUGAUUCCGGACUUUGGUGCUGAAAGCGACGAGGACGAAGAUGAAAAUGUGGUUUUUACGCAGGAGUAUCUCGAGGAGCGGAAACGGAUCUUUGAGAAAGAUAUGCAGGCGUUGCGCACAGAGAUACCCCGCCCUCCAUUAGAGGACCCAACGAUUGUAUCAUUACUUAUGCGCAUUCAGCUUCUAGGUAUGAUAGCUCAUGAUGUACCUGAACCCGUCCGUGAACCGGAGCCUGCACCUGAACCAGCACAAAAACCCGCGCCUGAACUCAAAGCAGAGCCACAGCCGGAGCCACAACCAGAGCCAGCAAAAGAGCCAGCAAAGGAACCAGCAAAGGAACCAGCAAAGGAACCAGCAAAGGAACCAGCAAAGGAACCAGCAAAGGAACCAGCAAAGGAACCAGCAAAGGAAUCAGACAAAGAGCCAGAAAGGGAGCCAGAAAAGCUGCUUGAACCGGAGCUUGAACCAGCCCAGCCGAUGGAGAUAGACGAACCCCGUGAGACAGACCAGGCAGUGGAUGAGACGGUAGAAGAAAAAGAGACCCCGAAAUAUGAGCCUAUUGCUCCAGCGAAGGUCAAACCAGAUGGCGAACCACCGGCUAAGGUUGUUCUUGAAUCGCUUCCCGAUGCCAAGGCAAUCACGGUUGAAAGUCUGCCGUUCUUGAACACAGGCCCUCCCACACCCCUUUCCGAACUCGAUGUGUAUCAGGAAAAUGCAGCCUAUUUCGAAACGAUACGGGAAACUUUGCGCGAGGAAUUGAAGAAACAACGCAAGGAAAUUGCGCACAAAAAUGCUGUGCUUCGGGAAGAAUACUUGUCUAUCUACAAGCCCUGGAGGAUGGAGAUCUGGGAGAUGGAUAACGAGAAAGGGAAGAACAGUCUAACACCCAGCCAGACGCCGCCGCCUCCUCCACCAGCCCUGCCAUUGCCGACUACCACAGCGGAGGGAAGGAGAUAUAAAGGCAAUAGCGAGCUUGAUUUCCAAAACGCCCUUCGUGCGUCAGAAAUCUCAGCCCAAGAGGAAUUGGAGCGACGCCGUGGCAGCAAAGCUACUGCUCGACCAGACCCCAAUAGGGAGGCGGUUAUUCCGAACAUGAUGGAGCCGCCUGAGGUUAAGGCGGGCGUCUACAAAGACACCAGCAAUGUCGUACCCGUUUCGAAUGCCAUGGAAGUGUUUGGAUUUUUUCCACCAUCGAACGACUUUACUCCGCUAGAACACGAACAGUUCACCAAUGCCUUCAUGGCCCAUCCUAAGAAAUGGGGCAAGAUUGCUGCAGAACUGCCUGGACGGGAUUAUCAGCAGUGUAUCAUCCAUUACUAUCUGACCAAGGAAGAAAUCAAGUACAAGGCCAAAUUGAACAAGCGCUGGAGUCGUCGUGGUCGUGCUAAGCGAUCUGCACGGCCCAAGUCCAAUGCGCUCAUGGUUGAUCUCGGCGUGGUAAAGCCCGAUUAUGAAGGCGAGGAAGAGCCUGCUCCUGUCACGGAUACUGGUCGUCCGCGUCGCGCGGCUGCGCCUACGUUUGGAGAUACUUCUGUUGAAGCCGAGCAUGCGACCAAUGGCCGACGAAGUGCUGCCAAGGAUAUCGGAGAGCAGCCAGAGAAACCUGCUCGACGAGGUCGCACUGGUCCUGGAUCCCGUGGUGGACGACGAGGCAAAGCUGCUCAACAACAUCAGCAGCAACAUCAACCGUCUCAACCCCCGACACCGCAGGAACAGCCAACCGGAACCAUCUCUAUACCAGUCCCAAGCGCGAUUCCCCGGAUUCCCAAGCGUGAAACGACAGAACCUAUAUUGGAGAGUGCAAUGGAACCGGUAAUAUCGCGACCAAAAGAGGCACGCGAGAAGGAACAACAAGACAUCCCCGCUCCGCCACGUGGGAAAGCUGGGCGCAUACGUCAAAAAGACGGCGUGUAUGUCUUCGAGUCGAACGAACCGGAGCCUCCAGCCCAAUUCAAGGCACCCGAUGUGGGUGGUUAUGGCUCAAUGCAGCCAACCAGCUACUGGUCUGUGCCAGAGCAGCGCGAUUUCCCAUUGUUGCUGGCGCAUUUUGGCAAAGAUUGGGAGGGCAUCUCAAGCUUUAUGAAGACGAAAACGACUGUCAUGGUCAAAAACUACUUUCAGCGCCGAGUUGACGGGGGCCACAAGGAAUUUGAGGACAUUGCUGGCGAAGCGGAGCAUAAGAAGGCGCGUGGUGAGCCCACAGGACCGUUGCCUACCCCCAGUGGUCCUACCAAACGACGCUACGAAGCAACUCCAUCCUCGAUCGUGCCUCGACCUCUAGCUCCACACACCGAUCCUCUCGAGCCUGACAAGAAGCCUGUUGGAUUGUCUUCUCAAGCUGUUCCGCUGCAUACGCGAACGCCCUCUGAAAAGGAGCGGAAUAUGCCAAGGUUCGCGCCCCUUGCCCAAGCUAGCGCUGCUCCGAUGACGACCACCGCGCUUCUCAACGAAGACCCGCGAACGGCUCGUGCUCCUAGCGGCAUGUCACGCUUGCCAGGCCCCAAGAUGGGUCUGUUUACCGAAGACAGGCGAGAACCGCCGGCGACUGUGUUACCUCAGACCGUGCCUCGGUUCCAGGAUGCACACGUUUCGGCACGCCAGACACCCUUGUCAAUGCCCGAGAUGGCGCGAAUGGAAUCCUUGCAUCCGUCGGGCUAUCGCGACGUUCAUGGCUCGCCGUUGCUUGCUCCCCAAGGUACCGCCCCACCACCGCCUCAGCCGUCGUUCAUGCAGUCACAGCCGCCGCCGCUCGUGUCUCACUCUGGCCAUCCCAGUCUUGGAAAGGCGCCUGGAUCGCCAGUACCACCACAACUUCAGAGACUGGAUCACGACAUUUCUCCAAUUCGACGCGAUUCAGUCAGCCAAAGACCGUUGUAUCCUUUGCCCAGCCAACCGGCCAGUAUGUCUCAGCCUGCGCCAGUGCUGUCGCCGCCAAAGGAGCUUUCUCGUCCUAGUUCGGCACUUCCCGAACCGUCAGAAGGCCCUCCCAAGCAGGUACCAGCGAAGCGGUCGAAUAUUAUGAGUAUCUUGAACGACGAGCCGGAAGAGCCUCCGCCACGGAAACGGCAGGCUUCUGCGGCUCCUUCAAGGGCUGUAUCUCCUUCACGCCCAGUAUAUGCAGCCAUGCCGCCGUUGUCGCAGCCAGGACCCCAGUCGCGUCAAGAAGAGCAGAAGACACCGACCUUUGCCCAACAAGCCCCGAGUCUGUCAUCGUCGCGCUCGUAUUUUGACUACCAUCAGCCUUAUCAGUCUGUUUCAGCGGGCUCUGCUACACCAUCCAACAACGAUUGGAUGGCACGGUUUGAUCCUCGAGGGCAGCAACAGCAGGCGCCUCCGCCGCAGUCAAUGAACAGCCGACCGGCGUCCAUGGCCCCUCAACCGCCAUAUUCGCCAUACGCAUCAGGGCAAUCUCAGACAGCUCCGUCUCUAACGAACCUGACUGCACCUUCGCCGGUUCCUUCGCCAGCUCCGGGUCAACGUCCUACGUACCAGACCUCUGUGUAUGCGCAGUCGCCGUCGAUACCUUCCUCGCGAGAGUUGCCGUCUCAACCUGUCUAUCGCCAGUCCAUGGGGUCGCCACCGCCGCGCAAUAGUGGCAUGACAUACAGCUCCCGACAAGGACCGCCAACACCGAUCCAGUCGUCCGCUAGUCUACUUAACAUGCGGCAACCAUCAGCAACACCUUACGGAUCUACAGUAACGACUCCAACAUUAUCUCAACCAGGUGGUCACCAGACGUACCAGCAGCAUGUGCAGACCAUGGUCAAUGGCGCACACCAGCAACAAGCCCAUCGAUCUGCUCUUGGCUUGGCAGGCAGUCAAUACGGCCAUAGCACCCCACCACCACAGGCUACGACGUCUCGUUCGGCUGCUGGGCAGCCUCCGUCGUUGUCUAUGGGGCGUUCGUACACGCCCCCAGCGGUUCUACAGCCCAACCCAAGUGGGGGUAUGAGCUAUGCGCCGAGUGGACCCUCCCCGGCUGUCGGGCCGGUGCACCCACUUCAUGCGCGUCACCCGGGAAUGAGUGAAGCCACGCCAGGUCCACCUGGGGGUAGUCGCCAUCAUCGGGUGUAUAGUCAGGGAUCGAACGCGGGGCCACUUGGGCCAUUAACGCCACAACAUCAACAUCCUCGGUAG